AUGCCUCUGGUGACCUUGGUAAACAAGACCGACACUCGGACAUCGAGAUUUGACUUGGAGCACAAGAUUUUCCACUUCCAUCGCAUCCGGGUCGUGUACGUAACAGAACAAGUAUCGCACCACCCUCCCAUAAGCGCAUCCUACGCCUCAUGUCCCGGGCGCGGUGUGGAAAUGGCAGGGAUCAACCAGAUUAGCGCAAAAUACAUCAAUCUUACAUCGGGCACGGACUUGGGCGAGAAGUACCACAUCACGCACCCGGUGGCUAAUGUGAAUGGGAUCUUGAGGGGGAGCUUUUAUAUCACUGUUGGGGAUAGUACGAUCGUUACUUGUGUGUGUGCGAAGGGGGUGUUGUAUCGGGCUGUGAUUGAGUAUAAAGAAGAGUCAUGGCUAGGCUGCGCACACUUUUUAGUCGAGGGGGCGAUACACACAUACGACGAAAGAUCCACAGAAUACGAGGAAUGGACGAAAGUGAAAUACGUCCCCGCUGCUGGGGUCGUAGCUGUUUUUGAUGAAUGUUGGCGGAAUCAUAUACGGUGGUGGCGGACUGCUGCAUCGCCCCCUGGUCCAUCCACAUCCGCAUCCGCAGCAUCAUCUUCUUCCACGCCGAAAACGGAAUACGCGACGCUCGUAGAUUUCUCGACGUUAUUCGUCGUCCUGAAGAAGGUUCUUCCGCCAGAGAAGCAACUUCCGAAUGAGAGUCGGAAGUUAUGGGAUGCUGUGACGACGAGGCUGCUUCCGCAAGAGUAUAGGGAGGGUACGAAAGCGAAACUUGCGCAGAAGCAGAAGGAUGAGGCGGGUGAGAUGAAGAGGAGGGAUGUUCAUAUUUUGAACAAGAUAUCAGUUCUGGAAUUCCAGUUCUUACAGCUGCAGGCCGGAAAGCUGUGGAAGACUCGAGCUCGAGGAGUGUUCUGA